AUGCAUCGGCCGUCCAUUGCCCGUUUGGCCCAAUAUGGGGGGCUUGUGGCUGAAUUGCCCCCUCCCUACCUGGCACCUUCCCUCCAUUUCUCGAUGACCCGACCCUCCCAGUCCUCGAGCUUCUCUACGACUCCUGUCGCUGCCGGCCGUGGACGUGACAUGAACAGAACCCGCGGCGUGUCGGCCAUUCACCGAACUGGCACUCGUUUCAAGCUGAGCGCAUCGAAAUAUCCCCUGCCCAAGCCGGUGUCACCCGAGCCGCAACAAACCCCCGACCACGGGCUCUGGGGCUUCUUCCCCAAGUCGCGUGAGGCAAUGAGCGCCCCCGAAUUCGAUAUGGACCAUGGUCGCUCAUGGGCCGUUCAAGAACUACGUGAGAAGAGCUGGGACGAUCUGCACAAGCUGUGGUGGGUUUGCGUCAAGGAGCGCAACCGUAUUGCGACUACCAACAUGGAGAGAGAACGAAUGAAGGCUGGUUAUGGUGAACACGAGGCCAGCGCGCGUGAUCGUGUGGUCCAAAUCACCCAGAAGAGCAUCAAGCACGUUCUGCGUGAGCGCUGGUACGCCUGGGAGGACGCCAAACACGAGUACUUCACCAAGAACUAUCGCCCACAGCAUGAGUCCGCGAUGGAGGAGGAGACUUUCGAGAGCAGCCCGAAGUCUUGA